GCUUGCAAAAUAAAAUCCCCCAUUUUUAACUCGUUGACGGGUCUCUCUCUUUCUCCACAUAAUCGCGUUGCUGCAAAGCAUUCUUUUCUCUCUCUCUCUCUCUCCCUCUUCUCUCUCUCUCUCCGAACGUUCUGUUUCCAGAUCACUCAAGGCUCUCAUUUCCCAACGGUUGAAGGAGAAAUGGGGCUGACAUUCACAAAGCUUUUCAGUAGGCUCUUUGCCAAGAAGGAAAUGAGGAUUCUCAUGGUGGGUCUUGAUGCUGCUGGUAAGACCACUAUCCUCUACAAGCUCAAGCUUGGAGAGAUCGUCACUACAAUUCCCACUAUUGGGUUCAAUGUGGAGACUGUUGAAUACAAGAACAUUAGCUUCACUGUUUGGGAUGUUGGUGGCCAGGACAAGAUCCGUCCAUUGUGGAGGCACUAUUUCCAGAACACCCAAGGUCUUAUAUUUGUUGUGGACAGCAAUGACAGGGACAGAGUUGUUGAGGCCAGAGAUGAGUUACAUCGGAUGUUGAAUGAGGAUGAACUGAGAGAUGCUGUAUUGCUUGUGUUUGCCAACAAACAAGAUCUUCCUAAUGCAAUGAAUGCUGCUGAGAUUACUGACAAGCUGGGACUCCACUCUCUCAGACAACGCCACUGGUACAUCCAGAGCACUUGUGCAACAUCUGGGGAAGGCCUUUAUGAAGGUUGGACUGGCUUUCGAACAACAUUGCCAAUAAGGCUUAAUGCUUUUGGGGAGUCCUGUGGAUCGGUGAUUCUGGAUGCAGGGGUGAAUAUUAUCUAGCUUUUAUUUCUUGGUCCUCGUUGGAAACCACCUAGAUUUGUGUUCAUGUAAUGUGUUUUUGGACUUGGUGGCGAAAAUUGUGUUAGGAAUUUGUUUCAUGGAUGUGUAAUACUUGUGAGCAAUGUUGGGCAUUGUUGCAAUGUUCAUAACUGUAAUGGAGACACUAAUUCAAUGUGCCACCCCGUUUUGAUUUAUUCAGUCUUUAUCUUGCUCGUA